AUGAAACAUGUGUGCGUUCCUGUGCCGGAUGAAGACCCAUGUGAUGCAUUAGUAGCAACUGCAAUGUUUUUUUAUUCAGAUUCUGUCGACAUGCUGAUAGUCCUCAGUGCACAAUGCAAAAAUGAACUAAAUGCUUUGUCAUUUGCAAACGAAGAGGAAUUUGAUGCAUUUAACGCUGAGUUCUACACUACAGGACAUUGCAUUAAAGAGUGA